AUGUCCACAACAACCCUCUCCGACCUAACCUACACGACGCGCGAAGCCCUCUCCAAACGCAUCCUCUCGUCCCCCGACGCCCCGUCCCUGCCCCCCGACAUCGCCAUCAUCGACGUCCGCGACUCCGACCACGUGGGCGGCCACAUCCGCGGCUCGACGUGGGUGCCCAGCUCGGAGCUCGACUACAAGCUGCCGGAGCUCGUGCGCACGCUGCGCGACAAGAAGACGGUGGUGUUUCACUGCGCGCUGAGCCAGCAGCGGGGGCCUAGUGCUGCGCUGCGGUACUUGAGGGAGAAGCAGAGGCUGGACCCUGCGAAGGGGGGUGUCGCGGGGGGAGAGGGGGAGGGGAAGUCGGCGGAGGAGGGGAAGUCGGCGGAGGAGGGGAAGUCGGCGGAGGAGGGAAAGACGGCGGAGGAGGGAAAGACGGCGGAGGAGUUGCAGGAUAAGCCUGGACAGCAGGUUGUGGUGCUGGAGGGCGGUUUUACGAAGUGGCAGGAGAGGUAUGGGGAGGAUAAGCGGUUGACGGAGUCUUAUCAGAAGGAUAUUUGGGAGUUUGGGUAUUAG